GGGGGAUGCAAGCUUGCACAUCAUCAUCCAAACUACGUUUUAAAUUAAAUCAGUUUAGUCUAGCUAGCCUAGUCGAGUCCAAGACACACAGCCAAAAAGACAAGUCAUGAGUAACAGAAAGAUUGGUUGGGCGUUCUCUACAGAGCGACCAGUGGCAGUUCAAUCUCCGUCCAUGCUCUCUGACGUUCAGACAAGACUCAACUUCAGUUCUGUCAAGUCCCCCUCCACUCUUCCCAAGAGACGUGCUCUCAUUCCCAUGUCCAGGACCACACCCACUAACACUACCCCAUUUAGAAGCACCAACAAUCGAUUGGCCGACUAUCACAUGUCCAAACAAAACCCAGAUGUUCUGGAUCGUAUGUACUCAUCAUCAGUACCGUCAUCUCCGCAGACCUCCCCUCUCAGAUCUCAAAUUAGAAACUCUCUGCUAUACCAUAGUGGAUCUAGCUCUACCAGUUCCAGUCCAGGAGUCCAAUUCCAAAAUCGCAUGUCCCAUACCCCAAGCCAGAUGUCACUUUUACGACAGACCCUGAGGGCCAAUAAAGCUCAAAGCUCGUCCAAAUCAAGUCUGGUUCAACUAGCCACGCAACGUACUUCUGUGAAGCUCAAUGGACCUGCUGCGUCCAUCAGUCCUGUUGUGGUUAGGUUAUCUCGAGGAGCUGACACGCCCCCUUCUCCGAGGCUCUCCAGGGGGUCGUCCACCAACACUGUGGGGGGUAACGAGGAGCAAGCUAGAAAUCCGUGCGACAAAGAUACCGUUUUGUCGGCUCUACGCAGCAAACGUAAGAGGUGGGACAGCUCGGCGAGUGUGGACAGCAGUGUAUCCGUGGUGACAGUCACCGAUCAGCCCUCAGCUAAGAGAUCAAAAAACAGUGUGCAGUCCAGGAGCCCACCCUCCACUCGGAAACGACCUCUUGAACCCCCCACUCUGGUACAAACACCUGAAGUCAGCAAAAGGUCUAAAAUCAUUAAACCCAUUCCUAAGAAGGCUAACAAGAUUUGUAUGCCUGACAUCGAGUACGAGUCUGACAGUUCUGAGCAUGCCCAGGACAACGUUUCCAUGACGAAUGAUAUCGUAGCCUCCACCAGUGACAGUGACAGUACAGUAGCUAGUGUGGAUAAGAGGGAAAAGACUUCACCAAUUCUGCACAUAGAUGAGGAGGAAAUGAGUAGGAAGAGAGAAGACUCUCUGUCACUCUUGAGGACAGUGUUCCCCCCCACCAAGGGAGACAAGUCUCUGAGGAGAGAGGUGCCUGUGUUCUGUGCCACUGGGAUUAAACCUCACAUGCCGGCCCCCCUCUCCUCCGGGUCCACUGCCACGAGGGAGGACCUGCUCAAGGACAGAGAAGCAGCUGCAGAGAGAGUCAAACAAUUCCUCACCGCUAACAAUGAAACACCAACUACCAAUACUGCAAGUACUGAUCCGAAACCGAAUACAAUAUCUCUAACCACAUCACUUGAUGGAGUCAAGACAACUGACCAAACUGAUGGUGGAAAGAAUCCUGUCUCUGCGACUAAGAGUGAUGUCACUACAACAAGCAAUUCUGUGCAGACUGGGCUCAAGCUUUCAUCUGCUCUUGUGGGGAAGAUGGUGUCUUUUGCUAACCCCAUUACCUCAGGGAUGCCCUCCACCACGACCACCAUCUCUACCUCAGGUGGUGGCACUACCUCUCUAACUGGUCUCAAGCUCGCUUCCAGUGUUCCCUCUACUGCCGGCCCACCCCCCUCCACAGCAGCUGCUACUCUAGGCCUACCCACUGGCCUCUCGUUGCUCACAGCCGCAGCUCCUCUGUCGUCCGUAACCACAACCCAACCGCCCACACAAACUCAGACAGCCUCUCUUGAACUCGGACAUGACACAGCUGCUUUAAAACCAAGUAUUGGAGGGCUAACGUUUGGAACACCUGCUACGUCUUCAAAUGCACUACAAACUAUUGCUAGUGGACUAAAGCUCGGGCCUAUCUCUACCCAAGCCACCCAACUACAGCUGUCUACUGGUCUGAAGAUUGGAACAUUGAACACUGCCACGACAGGAAUUGGAAUGGGAACAUUAAACACUGCCUCAUCUACUGGAAUGGGAAUACUGAACACUGCCCCAUCUACUGGAAUGGGAACACUGAACACUGCACCAUCUACUGGAAUGGGAAUACUGAACACUGCCCCAUCUACUGGAAUGGGAACACUGAACACUGCACCAUCUACUGGAAUGGGAACACUAAACACUGCCUCAUUUACUGGAAUGGGAACCCUGAAUACUGCCCCAUCUACUGGAAUGGGAACACUGAACACUGCACCAUCUACUGGAAUGGGAACACUGAAUACUGUCGCUAGAAUUGGAACAUUUACUGGUAUUGGAAUUGGCCCAUCAGCUACACCCUCUCAAGGUAUCCUCCAGUCCAAAGUCCGAGCACCCUCCCCCCUACAAGUGUCUCACAAGCCGCCAGCUGUUACCACGAACCCUAACGUACAACAACCCGGUAAUGGAGCUAUGAACAAUCCACUGAGUCUAACGCAAUCUAAUCCGACCUUGUCAUUUGGUGGACUACAGCCAGGUGGUGGUGGGCUAUCUCUGGGCAACACUCAAGGAAUCAGUUCCCUCAGCUCAUCUGGUCUAUCUUUUGGUGUAAGUGGAGCUACAACACAGCAACCGACUGGUCUAAUGUUCGGAGGCACGGCGACUAGCUCGGCUACUCAACAACCCAGCAGUGGACUGUUAUUUGGGAACAAGACUGCUUCUCAGACGGUAACUAACCAGCAGCCAAACACUGGUCUUAUGUUCGGAGUCAGUGCAACACAACAAUCAACUGGUGGAAUCAUGUUCGGUAACAACACGUCUACCACAGCUGCUCAAAAUCCAACUGUUGGAUUCACGUUCGGAAAUGCAGUAUCAUCAUCUUCUAACUUAUCGUUUACUGCCUCUCAACCGGCACAGAACUCUAUGUUUGGCACUCAACCUCCUAAAGAAGCUCCGAAACCAUCUGGCCUGCUCUUUAGCGGAAGCUCUCAAAACGCUAACAAUACAUUCAAGUUUGCUGCUAAUGGAGGCUCUCAACAACAGCAGCCAGGCUUCUUCUCUGGAGGUAGCAAUCCUCAACAAUCGCUGAGUUUAAACUUUGGUCAAUCUCAGCCUAAUACCCAAAGCAACUCUGCAAUGGCCGGUGGUGGAAUUAUCUCAAGCAACCAAGUGAAUUCUAACUCUAUGUUCGGUGGUAAGAAUGCAGCCUCCUUUACCGCACAACCGCAACCACAGACGAGUAGCUCGACCGGUUUCAUGUUCUCUGCCGGAAACAACACUCAAAAAGCAACAGGAGGUUCGGUCAACUUUGGUCAAAGUCCUCAGACUAAUGUCAACUUUGGAAUGGGACAGUCUCAGAAUGCGAAUGGAAGUAGUGCGUUCUCUUUCAGCGCUGGUAGUGGAAUAAACGCUGGACAAAGCAGUAGCGGAUUCUCAUUUAAUGCCGCGAGCAAUGGACAAUCAAAUGUUUUCCCCUCCCCACAACAACCUGGUGGUUUCCCUCAGAGCAACUUUACCACUCCACAACUACAAAGCAAUCCAUCGGCCCAAGGAUUCAAUUUUGCGGCUCCUCCUAAUCAGUUCAAUUUCUCAGUCUCUACCCCACCUGCUAAUUCCUUCAUUCCGGGCACCCCUGCAGACUCCACCCCUCGGCCCACAAAUAAUAGAUCAAGGAGAAGGGGGCGGAAAAAGUAACUCAUUUAUAUUUAUUGCAUAUUGAACAGAUUUGAUAUCUAUUAUAUACCCACAUAGUUAUGAUUGCAUUAAUAUUGUCACUUUGCGGUGUUUGCAUUACAUUUGACGUUAAAAAAGAAUUUUCGUUGUACUUGAA